UAAACAUAAUACCUUACUGGUAUCAAUCAACAAAUUUUACUCAAAUUCAAAUGAAAUCAGUUAUCGCAGGCAACCUAAUAUUUUAGUUUCCCCUUGUAUAUGGCAAAAAAAUUCCAAUAUGUAGCCAUUUUAAUAGCAGUGUGGGUUAUCCUUAGUGGAGCCCAUCGGAUGAAGCGCUUGUCCCAGCCCGAAUAUCAUGGAGAGGACACCCUCGAGUUGGCCAAGUACGUGGUGUCCAUCCGAUCGAGAACCCCCAACAAGUAUUUUGGCGACAAUCACUAUUGCGGAGGAGGACUUCUAUCCAACCAAUGGGUGCUUACCGCCGCCCAUUGUGUCAUGGGACAGUCGAAGAUCAUGUACAAGCCUCGGUGGCUGCUGGUGGUGGCCGGAUCUCCACAUAGACUGCGAUAUGUACCCGGAAAAUCGAUCUGCUCGCCAGUGACAAGUCUGUACGUUCCAAAUAACUUCACCAUGCACAACACCUACAACAUGGCUCUAAUGAAACUGCAGGAGAAAAUGCCCUUGAAUCAUCCACGUAUCGGUUUCCUUCACCUGCCGAGUGAGGCACCGAAAAUUGGCUUAAAACACACAGUCCUCGGCUGGGGAAGAAUGUAUUUUGGCGGCCCUUUGGCAGCGCACAUAUAUCAAUUGGAUGUGAUUCUCAUGGAUAACGUGUUGUGUAAGACGCAUUUCCGGCACUACGGGGAUGGAAUGAUGUGUGCUGGUAAAAAUAAUGGGACAGUGGAAGGGGAUCCGUGCAGCGGCGACAUCGGAUCCCCAUUACUAGCCGGAAAGGUGGUUGUCGGCAUUGUCGCCUAUCCGAUUGGCUGCGGUUGCACCAAAGUUCCGUCUGUCUAUACGGACGUGUUUAGCGGCAUAAGGUGGAUCAGGAAAACGGCAUAUGGCUUCGCCAGCAUCAAUGGGACGCGUCCAGCCAUCAUGUUCAUACUGUGCUAUGUAGCUCAUGGCUGUCUAAAUCGCAAAACGCUAAACUCCAUCAAGUGAUUUGAAAAUUUUAAAGUUAUUCAGGCGUAAAAAUAUACAACAGUGCAAUCCUGUUCGAAAGCAAA